AUGAACAAGAAUCAGCUAGAUUUAGUGCAACGAAUUAUUCAACAAAAAGCAAUUUUUGCUCGUAGAUGUGAAGUUCAACGACGACGAAUUAAGCUAAUUAUUGAGGCGAUAUGCAGUGGUCUUUGUAGAGAUGAAAAUGAUCUAGAAAAUUUACUAUCAUUAUUGUUUUUCGAAAGAAAAUUAACGAUAAAGGAUGAGCUCAAUUUUCUUAUUACAAGAAAAUUAAUUUGUCAACAAAAAAAUCACGGACUCUGCGGGACUCAAUUAGGCCAAGCCGUGUUUACAUCAUCGCUGUCACCUGAUAUUGCAUUACAAGUUUAUGAUGAUCUUGAAAAGGCGACACGUUCCCUUGCUUUGGAUAAUGAGCUUCAUUUACUUUAUUUGGUAACACCACUUCAUAGUGAUUCCAUUUGGAUGAAUUAUAUCGAUUGGAAUGUUUACUAUAAUAUUUGGUCUAAAUUACCUACCAAAUUACAAAGAGUGGGCAAAAUGAUUGGUAUUCUUGAUAGUUUCAUUCUUGGAAAGAUACAAGGUAGACAAGCAUCCAAAAUAAGCAAUAUGCAGGUGCAUUUACGUUUUCUUUCCGCAUUGGCACUUUACGAUCUGAUAAGAGAAUAUUCACUUGGUGAUGUUGCUCGACGUUUUCGUAUUAAUCGUGGAGCAUUGCAAACGUUACAACAACAAUCCGCAACAUAUGCCUAUAUGGUUGUAUCGUUUUGUGAAAAACUUGGUUGGACAUAUUUACGAAGUGUAUUGGAUGGUUUUUCCGAACGAUUAACAUUUGGUGUUCGUAAAGAUUUAACAGAAUUGGUUCAAAUUGAAGGUAUCGAUGGUAUAAGAGCUCGAGCUUUUCACAAUGCUAAUAUUACAACAAUUCCUACAUUAGCUAUCACUUCAAUUGAUGAUAUUGCAAAAAUUUUACGAUCUGUUGUUCCUUAUAUCAGGGCUAUUGGCAUAUUCUCAGAUGACAAAAUUGAUUCUUUGUUUUCCACGGUGACAUCAAUUUGUGAAACUAAUCAUGAUAAAUUGAAUGCUAUAAGCAAUAAUUGUGAUGAAAGUAGUAUGAAUCCUAAUUCUGUCCUUUCUUCAGAUGUUGAAUUUAUUUCAAGUGAUUUCUUCACGCAUGAAAUUUUACCAACCACAAGUACUUCUAAAAAUUCGGAAGAACAAAUUGCAGUAAGCACUCAAAGUUUAAUCCAAACAUCAAAAGUGAUUGAAAAACGACCACCGAAAAUGGAAUUACUGAAAAGCAGCAAUUCUGAUGAAGUAGAAAAAGCUAUUUUCCAUAAUUGUUCAAUAACAAACAAAGAGAAUUUGGUUAUUCCGGAUAGAUUGGAUGUGGAAAAUGUUAAACAAUUAUGUGCGGAUUUUGCUCAUACUUCAAUGUCGGAUGAAACAUUGUUACGUUUUGGUUGUAGUCAGUAUUCCGGUGAAAUUCAACAAGUUACGCAAGCAUUAGAUGCUAUUGCUGUUCUAGCUAACAAUGAAAAAUUUGAUGAAAUUAAAUCAGAGAAGCAACAAGAUGAGCUUACUGAUUUGAAAAUAUUUGAAUCGUUGAAUAUUUUUAAUUCAACUAAAAAUGAAACUCAAAUGAUUGCAACAACAACAACAGCUACAAGUGGGAUGAAAAAUGAUAAUUUAGAGAAAGAUGAGGUGAAAUAUUUUCAUGAUUUCAAUAUGAAGAAAUCAUCUACAAUUCAGUUUAACGAUGAACGUGCUAUGUCACAGCAGAUAACACUUCAAAGUAAUGAAGAAGAAAAAGAAAUUAUUGUCAAUUCGGAUGAAAGUAUUAGAAAUCAAUCAAUUUUUGAUCAUAGUAGUGAUUUAUUUGAUCGAACAUCUUAUUCAUCAAUUAGUUCGCAAUCAUUUAAUACACCAAAGAAUUCAUCAUAUUGCAUAAAACCUAUUGAUCAACAAUCAACAAUUAAUUGUCAAUCUUUGCAAUCAUCACCAAGUUUUCAAAGUCCUCUGCAUAAAAUUUUAAAAUAUGGAUCAUCACCUGUUACUAUAACUAUGGAGAAUGAAAUUAAAUUUAAUGAAAGUGUUAAAAAUGAUAUUAAACAAAAUUUCGACAGCAACCAAACAGGAACUACUGAAUUUCAAAUUAUAGAUGUUUGCGGAUCUUCUACAAUAUGGGAGCAAUUUUUGAUACGUCAAAAAUAUUGGAGUCAAAUUGGUUUAUGCAUUGCAAUAUGCAACAAAGAAAUAAUUGGAAUAGCAUUAUGCCCAUUAAAUGACGAAUGUGUUUAUAUUGAUUUCAGGCCAAAAUAUGUUUCUGAAAUUGAAAUUGAUAAGCGAUUAGAAGUAUUGGAUAAUAUAUUAAAAUCUGAACAAGAAAAGUACAUUUAUGAUUUACUAUCAUUUUCACGUUCAUUACGAUAUCUUCGAGAUUUAGUCGAUUCACCUAUCCUUUUUAAUCGCUGUACUUGCAUACAAACAGUUUCAUAUUUAGCCCAUUAUCGUACACUAGAUGAUUCCGCUCUUUCUUUUCAGGAUUUACUUUCACAACUUACUUCUCCAGAACGUGCUGUAAUUUUAAGAAAUGCAACACCACGAUUACGAGCAGCAAUUAAUGCAUUUAUAUGUUUGCAUAUGCAUAAUGAUCUAAUGUCGGCUGCUGUUCGAUUAUCUUCAAUUAAAUCUGUAGAAUUGGAAUUAAAAUCAGUUGUUCUGUUCAGUGAAAUAGAAAUUACGGGUAUAGCUUUUGAUAGGAAUAAAGCUCUAACUCUGAAUUCUAAGCUUCAACAAAAAUUGACCGAAAUUGAGGCAAAAGCUUAUGGUAUUAGUGGAAUUCCAUUUAAUUUUGGUUCAGCAGCGGAAAUUUCUCAGAUACUUUUUGUACGUCUGCAAAUUCCACCACCAAAUGCAUCAACUGGUCGACAUUAUUCAACAAACAAAAUUGUUCUGCAACAAUUAGCACCAAAAUAUCCUAUCAUAAGUUUAAUUUUGGAAUGGAGACGAAUAAAUACCGCCUUAACUACAUCUUUACCAAUACUUUUAAAAUUGUGUUGUUCUGAUGGACGAAUUCGUGCUAAUUUUAUAACACAUUGUUGCACUGGUCGUGUUUUAACAGUACAUCCAAAUGUGCAAAAUGUGCAAAAAGAUGCAAUUAUCGAUGGUUUUUCCAUUCGAUCACUUUUCAUUGUUCCGAAAGGUAGAAUUCUAUUAUCAUCUGAUUAUCGACAGUUAGAAAUGCGAAUGUUGGCACAUCUCUCAGCUGAUCCUAAUCUCAUAUCUCUUUUCUUGACCAAAGAUGAUUUUUUCGAAAUUAUUACGAACAAAUGGAAUAAAAACGAAACAUUGCAUAUUAAAGUAGAUCGAAACAAAGUUAAACAGCUUUGUUAUGGUAUUAUUUAUGGCAUGGGUGCCAUAUCAUUAAGUAAAGAAUUGGGUAUAUCAAAACAACAUGCUCAACAAAUGAUCAUAUCUUUUUUUCAGUUGUUUCCAAAAGUACGAACAUGGAUGGAUAAAAUAUUAGCUAUGUGCCGAACUAAUGGAUUUGUGAGUACUUUAUUAGGUCGUCGACGAUUUUUACCUCAAAUAACUUCUGCUGUGCUGCAAACAGAGUUAGCUCAAGCUGAACGUCAAGCUAUCAAUACUUGUAUACAGGGUUCAGUAGCGGAAUUGUUUAAGAUGGCGUUAUUGAAUUUACGGAAGAAUUUAUUAGGUACUAAUUCAUCUAUCGUCAUGCAAUUGCACGAUGAAGUGUUAAUAGAAACGGAUGAAAGUUCGAUAGCUUCAAUUGUUGAAAUUAUCAAACAUUCUAUGACAUCGGUUACUCCAAAUUUACGGGUUCCAUUGGCAGUUAAAAUUUCAUUUGGUAAAAGUUGGGGAGAACUUCAGGAAUGUACUAAAAUUUGA